UAUAGCCUUAUCCUUCUUCCUCCACUUUCGCAGAAAAUAUGGUUUCAGUAAUUCUAACGAGUGUCCAAUCUUCUCUACACUGCCGCUCUGUUUCAUCCAAUUUGUCCAAACAACCUCGAGCUCUUUAUCUCAACAGACUAAGCCCACCUCGGCGGUUGAAUCCUUCUCCUAAAAGAGCAUUUCGUCAAGUUUGCUCCUUCAAGGCUGGUGAGGAUUCUAACGGUAACAAGGGAACUGGGUCAGAGUGGCCGGUACUCAAGCGAUGGGAUGUGCCUUGGCAGUGGCAAACUGUUUCGUUAACCUCGCUUGCUUGUGGAUUAAGUUUUGUUUUGACGGGAUUGGUAGAGUCAGCAGCUAUACCGUAUCUGGGUCUUCGAAUUGAAGAACUAAGUCUAGAUGAGAAGGCAGAGAUAUUGCUUGUGGACCAGAGCAUUACUACUGCAGCUGUCCUUGGAGUUAUUUUUGGUAUUACAAACGCCUUCCAACCAUUUUCUGAAGAUUUGUUUCGUUAUGAUUGGAGGGAACCUUUCAAUCUCCAGAAAGGGUGGCUUUUAUGGGCUGGGAUUGGCCUUGUUGCUGCACUACUUGCAAUUGGAGCGACAGGAGCUGCCAUGUCUUUCUUUGGUGGUGAGAACCCACAAAGAGAGACUGAUGCUCUAGUUAAGUUGCUUCCAUUGAUUGGAUCUUCUACUAUCAGCACUGCUUGCUUGGUGGGCAUCACAGGUGUCUUGGCUCCAGUUCUAGAGGAGACUCUGUUUCGAGGAUUUUUUAUGUCAUCCUUGACAAAGUGGGUACCUACUCCAGUAUCCGUUUUAAUUAGUGCUGCUGUAUUUGCCCUUGCACAUCUAACUCCUGGAGAGUUUCCCCAGCUGUUUGUCUUAGGGACUAUGUUGGGUUUUUCAUAUGCUCAAACUCGCAACCUUCUAACUCCAAUUGUGAUCCAUGCUUUCUGGAACUCGGGAGUGAUUUUGCUUCUCACUUUCCUGCAGAUCCAAGGAUAUGACAUCAAGGAAAUAUUGCAGGUCACCUGAUUGGGUUGGUUUUGUCCACUAAUAGGGUUCAUGCCUCUGUGGGUGCUUCUGUUACUCAUUCUCUCUAAAAUGAAUUGUUCAGAGCCAAUGUGUGAGUUGAAUAUUUGAUUAGUCGCUAUUAUCGAUAAGGUUAGUCUUAACUUUUUUUGGUGGAUUUUUGACUCAGUUAUGUUCUUAGGGGCACAUUUAAACUCAAAUUAGUUUUAAUGGUCAGAUAUUUUACCAGGUAUUAUCUUGAACAUCUUGCGUGGUUUAUUUAAUUUGUACUAUAUCAUCUCAAGACAAGACACGGAGUAGUGCAACAUAUCGUUUAAGUUUCUUAUGUUGUGUAUUUGUGAAGUAAUACAUGCUCUUGCUGGCUUACUAUGA